CUUCUUCCUCUUCUUCUUUCUUCGCGCGAGGCGCAUUCUAUCUAAUAAUCCUCUCACACUCUUGCGCGGCGAUCGAUCGCCCGCAUUCUUUCGCAGCGCCAGCAUCUCCAUUCUUUCCAGCGCUCGGCGAUCUCAUGGGUUCAAUCGCGCUCCCGUCGCGGCGCUGGAUCUUGAUCGCGCUCGUGGCAGCGGCGGUGGCGCUGGCAGCGAUGACGGGCGUGGAUUCCGUGGGCGUGAAUUGGGGCACAGUCACGUCUCACCGCCUCCCGGACAAGAUGAUCGUCAAGCUGCUCCAGGAAAGCCGGAUUUCCAAGGUGAAGCUCUUCGACGCGGAUCCCAGCGUGAUCCGGGCCUUCGCAGGGACCGAUUUGGAGCUCAUGGUGGCGGUUCCAAACGAUCUCCUCGAGGACAUGGCGUUUAGCGAGAAGGCCGCGCGGAGAUUUGUGCGAAGAAACAUCACUAAGUUCUUAUCCCACCAAGAUGGCGUCAAUAUCAGGUACAUUGCGGUGGGAAACGAACCUUUUCUCAAAGCCUACAACGGAUCAUACGAGGACGUGACCAUCCCGGCCAUCCGAAACAUGCAACAGGCGAUCGAACAGGCCGGGAUCCAACACAAGGUGACGCUGGUGGUACCACUCAACGCAGACAUUCUCACUAGCUCCGGCAACUCAGGCAAACCAUCGCAAGGAGCCAUCCGCCCCGACAUCCGGAGGCUGAUGCGAACGAUCCUCGAGUUCCUGGACAAGCACAAAGCUCCCUUCGUCAUCAACAUGUAUCCCUUCCUCAGCUUGCAACAAGACUCUCACUUCCCAAGCGACUUCGCCUUCUUCGACGGCACCGCGCACGUCCUGUCCGACGGCAGAAACAUCUACUCAAACGUUUUCGACGCGAGCUACGACUUGCUCGUCUCGGCGCUGGCGAGAGAAGGUUUCCCAGACAUGGAGAUCGUCGUGGGAGAGGUCGGCUGGCCAACCGAUGGAGAUAUCUAUGCAAACAUCCCAAACGCGCAGCGGUUCAACCAGCAGCUCAUCCGGCACGUAACCAGCAACCGAGGCACACCACUCCGGCCGGGGAUCCCGAUCGAGAUAUACAUCUUCGGCCUCGUCGACGAGGACCGGAAGAGCGUUCUUCCGGGCAACUUUGAGCGGCACUGGGGGCUUUACCGCUACGAUGGCAAGCCGAAGUACUCGCUGGACGUGUCCGGCCGCGGUGGAAACGGUCUGAGCAGCCCGAUCAACCUCAUGAGCGUCUCCGGGGUGACUUACCUCCCGUCGCGCUGGUGCGUUCUCAAUCCGGAAGUGGACGAUCUCUCCAAGCUUCCGGCGACGAUAAGCUACGCUUGCAGCUAUGCCGACUGUAGCACGCUCGCUUACGGGGGAUCUUGCAACCACAUUGGACGGACAGGGAAUGCUUCGUAUGCUUUCAACAGCUUCUACCAGAUGAACAACCAGCGUACCGAGAGCUGCCACUUUGGAGGGCUGGGGAUGAUCACGGAGACUGAUCCUUCCAGUGGGAACUGCCAGUUUCGGGUGGAGAUCACGCCUUGGUCGGCUGCUAGUACUGUGUGGAGAGGUGGUGCUGCUCUCCUCGUGGUUUCCUUGUUGGUAGCUUUGUCGUAAUUAAAAGGUUUAAAGGCCAUAUUUAUAGA